GUUUUUUUAAACUUCGCAGGUAGCACCUCCUUUCCAUUAUAUAACACAUAUAUAUAUGUUAAGUAGGUAGCUUCGCGUCCGAUACGCCUACUUCUUUAAAAGGUGAGGUUUGAUAAAUCUUAAGCUUGAAUUUUGAGGUAAGAGCCAACAACCCGACGUCUUUUCUCGGGGGGAUUAUUUCCUUGGUACCUAUUUUAUUUUAUUUUAUUUCAUUUCAUUUGCACCAUUGAAAGCCUACCUAUGAAGAACAAGUUUACAAACCCACCAACAGAGUCGUUCCUAUCAUCUACCCGCAUCUAUUAAAGACUUUUUGCCCCAACUGUCGAUUUUUAACGUUGGACUCCAAUUGCCACAUUAAUCUCAUUUCAACUUAUACCAGCUCAUUUUUAUCGAGUAAAAGAGCUACUUGCCUCCUUCAACCGACUCGAAUAUUCCUUGCCAACGAUUUAGUUGUCAUUUCAAAAAUAGAAAACCCCUCCACUCGUCGUGUUAGUCUCGGCGCGUCUGUUCUCACAAUGCAAACUCGGCCUUAAGUAGCGGCCUGAAAACAGGCGAUAAACGAGCACUUCUAUACUACACCUCCCGAAUACUUUCUUUGGCAUUCCCUGGAACUACAUGGCAACUACACUCCAUGUUAUAUUCACCCCGGAAUUGUACUUCUCAUACUUUCACAUACAUACCUAGGUACUACAUAGCUUUUACUCCACGUACUCAUACCAUCUUUUACCAAAUGGAUCCUCCAGCCUCUCUGGACAUCCAUGAAAGAUGGAACGAGGAGAAGGAAUGCAUGAUAGCCAAGCAUGCCAAGGAACUUGCUUUUCAUGAGGAUCUACUUGAAAAGGAGAAGCAAGAUCUCCGUGAGAGCAGCGAAAGAGACCUACGGAAAUUAAAGGCAACGGUGCCACCGGCCUUGUACAGGGAGAUAAUCUUGCCUAUGGCCGAAAAAAGCCUUAAGAAUGAUAUACGGCAGAUUGAAGCUAGCCACCAGAAAAGAACUAUGAUCAUUGAGAAGGAACAGAAGGCGGAGCGUGCUCGUCAUGAAAUUGCCUAUCACGAGAAACUUAAAGUCUCUUUGGCUAUAAAUGGAGAUGCGAAUGCACCUGCUGGUGUUAAAGGCAGUCUCAUCUCACAGCCUCAAGAUUCCAAGAAACGCAAGGCAUCUACGUCGAAAGAAUACCCCCCUAAGCGACCGUGCGUCGAAACAUUUACCAAUUCCCACCCAACCUUGGCUGGCACACCCUUAGACGAAAAUGCUCAUCUACCAACUCGAACGAUCACAUUCGAAGAAGUCUACCAGAAUGGUGCCGCAAAACACAAGGAUACAAUCGUGGAGUGGCCGAGCGGUAGUCGGACGUGGUACAUUCUAAAGUGUGAGAAACAUGAGGCUCGGUUCACUAAAAAUGCUAUUCAGGGAGCCGCUAGGCAUCUUAAUGGUCGAGGUCACGGCUUCCUCGAUAGAAACAGGGAUAUGGCUGUUAGAACACUGGGCUACUUGGUGGUUGACUGCAACGAGGAACUGGUCAAACUUAACAACCAGGUUGCAGAGGAAAGUUACAAAAAUGGAUAUAAGCCACCCCUUGCUAAAACAGAAAAGCAGUCCAAGAAAAGAGAUAAGAUGCAAAAAAAGGUACAUAAGGAAGGGAAAAAGUCGUCUUCGUCAUGGACAGCAAAGCUGGGCGCGGAUCUCACCCCAAAGAAACCACAAGUUCGGGCUCGUCAGAAUUCAGACACACCGACGAAUCGCCGGAACACCUCCAACUCACAAAAAAUAAUUACCAAUCCUAAGACAUUCAAUAUUUAUUAUGGCCGCUGGAAGUCCAACAGUGGUUCAGAGGAUAAUAAUGAAAUUUACCCUGUUAUGAUACUCGGGUGGGAUAGUCAGGACGGAAGCGGCCUGAAAGAUACUACCCUCGAUGACACUGGUCUCCUUAAGAAGACUUCCUUCCCGCCAAACUGCUAUAUUUACGAAUCAAACAAAAUAGUUGGCUGGGCACCAGGAUAUGAAGAUGGCGGCGUUAAAGUUGACUCAAGAAAGUUUCCCGUUAUGUUCUUCGAUGAAGCUCAGACUGUAGCGUGGCUCCCAGCUCGAUAUCUGACCAAAUUCCCUCUAUAUAAACGCACGCCACCGUCCAAACCAGACCAUCCUUUCAAUGCUGCCUGUCGCUGGAUUGCUGAGAGAGAAGGCUUCAGUACGUGGGAAGACAGGGAAAAAGCCCGUCUUUAUCCUCCAACAUCACGGCCCCCGUCGAUCUCGCCAAUAACCCCGAUUGGGGAUGAGUCUGCUAAAAUAAUCAUCCCUUCUAAAGGAUGUAAAGAACCUGAAAGAUAUCCUAUUACUAGUCAUGAUUCGUCAGCAGAUAAAGACGAUUCAGAUAGCCUAUGCUCCAACUCAGACGCGAUGUCAAUUUCUACAGCAAAUACGGAAAUGUUGGUAGAAGAGUGGCAGAAGAAGGGUGGCGAAAUUCCAGGCGAUGAGGAUUAUUCUGCUUCCGGAUCUGAUGUUGACGAUACUUCCGACGCCGAAAAAGAUGAUUGGGACAACCCCUCUUUGCAUGCUAUAAAGCCAAGCGGUUCCUCGGAUCGCCCCUGGGCAUUUUACGGCCUACGGAGUAUAGAAGAUACCGAAGAUAUAAAUAAACCAAUUAAAAAAUCGCGAGAGUCGGGAGAGAACCAACUCUUUACGUCGAUGGUUACAGGAAUGGAAUCAGCACGGGGGCUCGCGAGACGAGCGUGUUCAUAUCCUAUUAACCCACAAGAAUCUCACGAAAGUCAUACAUCUAGCACGAAAAAGCUACAAGGUUCCCAUACAACACAACGUGCUGACCAGGUAGUUGAUUUGCCUUUGGGAUAUAGAGCUGCCAGCGCCCCUCAAACUGAUGUCAGUCGUAUUGCAUCGCCGGAAUCAACCUUUGCAGCAAUAAUCAAUAAUAUCCUUACAACACCUAUCCCUGAAAUAAAGGGAAACAAGGAAGCACAUGUUGCCGACAAAGAUAUCGAUGGAGACAGGGAUAUCUCGCUUCUUAUCUACGGGGCGUCUAAUGAUGUCAAGUCGAAAACUGGCGACAAGAUUCAGUGUAAUCCUCAUGGAAACCUCCAGGCCUUAAACUCGAAACAGGAGGCCAGUAUCGAUGAGGAGCGCGGCCAUAUAAAUGCGGGAGAUGAAAUAAUAGUGGAUAAAGAACAUCUUGUCGAGAGUAGACAAGCUACCACUGAAGAAACGAUCCAGAUAACACAGCAUAAGGAAGAAAGCGAGAAUGAGUCAAGCAAGCACAAGGGAGACCAGCUCCCUGAAACCGAAACGAUUACUUCCUCUACCAACCAAACAACAGGUGCAAAGGUUCCUACAUCUAGCUACUCCGUCAGUAACCCUUUUGCCGAUGCUACAUCGUCCCCAGGCAGUGCAGACUUUGAAUUAUCGCAAUGUAGCAAUGGAGCAACAUCGUGGGAGAGAUUGAACGAGGAAGAAGAUUGUGUCAAGCUCUUCCACGAUAAGGAUCGAAAGAUAAUGGCGACCUGGCGAAGUCCGGUAGACGUUACGAUUGAUUUAAUGAAAGUAGCCAGCUUCUUACGAGAGUCCGUCCCGGGAUCUAACGGGAAUAGCGUCAUAGUAUUAAACAACAAGGAUGGUUCAUCAUGGAAACUCGUUUUUGGCCAGAGUAAAGAAAGUAAGCUCCUAGCUGGCAAGAUUCAAAGUCGCGGGUUUAUACGACAGCUUCGAAGCGCGAACCCCGACGUUAGGUGCUUGGAGAAAGUCUAGCCUGUAUGGAUAUGGAUAUUGGGAUGAGUUGUUAUUUUGG